AGAGCAGCAAAACCUGUUCACACUCUUCCAAUUGAAAAACAAAGAAACAACCUUAACUUCAUUGAAUUCAACCACAUCAACUCUUGUGUUGUGUGUGCCAUAACCUAUAUUCAGAGAGACAUAGCGAUGAACAAUUCAAGGGUUAUGUUAUUAAGGGUAAGUUUGUUAGUAGUAGCUGUAUGCAUAGCAGGAUACAUAUUAGGUCCUCCUCUCUAUUGGCAUUUCAAAGAAGGUUUAGCUGCUGUCAAACAUUCUUCUUCUUCUUCUUCUGCUACUUGUUCCCCUUGUCUCUGUGAUUGCUCUUCACAACCCACUUUUUCAAUUCCACAAGGGCUGAGCAACAUUUCAUUUGGAGAUUGUGCGAAGCCUGAUCCGGAAGUGAAUGGAGACACCGAAAAGAAUUUUGCGGAGCUAUUGUCGGAAGAACUGAAGCUACGCGAAAACGAAGCUUUGGAAAAUCAGCGUCGUGCUGACAUGGCUCUUCUCGAGGCAAAGAAGAUCGCGUCUCAGUAUCAGAAGGAAGCAGACAAGUGUAAUUCUGGGAUGGAAACGUGCGAACAAGCGAGGGAGAAAGCUGAACUGACAUUAGUCGCUCAGAAGAAGCUAACUGCGUUGUGGGAACUUCGAGCUCGCCAAAAAGGAUGGAAAGAAGGGGUUGCCAAAUCGAACACUCAGUCUCAAGGAAAAGUACAAACUUCUUAGAAAUAUAGCAGCAUGGCAUCUAUGGAAUGUGUUUGUUGCAUAUUACUUUUCAAAGUGUUUUUAUAUGCUGGUAAUAGCAAAUCAUGUAUCUCUCUUAUGUGUUCAUGAUGAAAGGUAAAGUGUCAAAUACAAAUGUUGUUCUAUCUUAACAUCCAUUUUUAGACAUUGAUUCCACUUGUACCAUGGUUGAAAGCUAAAAAUCGUUAUUUAUUGUGAAAUAUAGACAUCAAUAGUAAUUUGAUAAAUGAAAGUAACUGAAUGUAGUUAUGUAUCUCAAUGUUAUGAGAGUGUUAGACAUUGAACAUACCUUCAGUCUGAAGUGUUAGUGCUACAUAAAUAACAUAUUUCAUGUCUCUUU